GAUCGCAGCGCGCGAUUCGCCCGCUACGAGUGCCCGAGUGGAUGCGUACAGCGUAAAAUGGCGAAGUGCAGUUGUUAUUUACUUGCGCCGAACGCAGCGAAAGCGAAGUGAGAGCGGAGAGGAGCGAGUCGAAGUGCUGAAUCGCGUCGUUCACACGGGUGUUCGUUUACGGCGUGUCUGUGAGACGACGUGUGCGAACUAUCGUUGUACCACACAAAUACUAGCAGAUUCUUCUACAGACAUGAUCUUGAUGGAUUGGCCUAAUUCAAUGUAUUAGCAACAAUCCAAUCUUGAUAUUUGUUAAUUGAGGAAAGAUCGCAUUUGCCAGCCUCUAAGUUUUGAAUAAUAUGGCACAAUAUAAUUUUAACGUUGUGACCAAUGCCAGUGGUACUUUCACGAUAGAAGAAGUAUCAAGAAUCUGUACUGCAGAUGGGCAACGAAUUCAGUUAGUUUAUGGGGACGUUAAUAAUAGCAGUAACGGUUCACAACAGCUUGUGACUUAUACUACUGCACCGCAAAACAGGCAGGCAAUAUUCUCCCCGCAAACUAUUAAUUUAGGGAAUCAAAUAUCUGCAGCGCGAUUGGAACAAGGGCAAAAUGUUUUUAUAAUCAAAACGAAUGAAAUAUCUGGAUCCCAGGAAAUAUUGAAACCAACUACCGUGAAUGCACAUAUUGUUAAUGAAAAUAGUAUGAGCAUUGCGAGUAAUACAAGUAUUAAGGCAGAGUGUAAAAAUGAAGGGCAACAAAUGCAGCUAAUGAAAAUACAAAACGCUAAUACUACUGUAAUAAAGCAAAAUACGUUAUUACAAGAAAAGAAGCAGUCUGCCAUUUUAACUAGAAGUAAUAUACAAAAUAAUAUCACGUCACCACCUGUUUAUGUAAAUUCUGGAUCAUUUAAUCCAAAUCAGACGGAAAAAAAAUUACCUAAAUCUUACCAGACUAAAAGUCGACAGUUGGCAAACAGCAUAGUAGGCAUAGUAUCUCAAACUCCAGAUGGAAUAAACGUGGUAACUACGGUGGAAAACCGGAUUCAAAAUUCUAACACAACAGGUCCCAAAUCUACGCUAUCUGUUUGCAAGACUAUCAAUUCGCCAAGACAGAAUGUGAUUGUGAGACCUGUUAUUCGUAAUCCGAAUAUGUCGCAUGUGCGACCUGUAGCAAUAGUUUCUCCUGAAAUCUCGAAAACACUAACGAAAGUGCAACCUCCGGAUAUGGAACAUUUAAAUGAGCAAAUCAAGCAAGCCAAAUUUAAACAAUUACAGAAACAGCAUAUCGAGAAACAAAGGUUUCAACAAAAUAACACACAACAACAACAACACUCUAACACUUUGCAACAUGGUCAAUCCCCGUUGAACAAUCCUACACGUCGUUUUAUAAAUUCUGUGCAACAAAGAACGCAGUCGAUUUCAGUUUCUCCUCAAGAAACACAGAAACCAUCUAUGGCAACGUCAGUCCCUUCAUCAGCUGAACAUAAUACACAUGUUACUAGUAUUGAGAUGGAAGUCGAUUCUCCAGAAUGUGUUGAGGCGAAAGAGCAAACGCAACAAUCUUCGCCACGAUUGGAACCCGAGAACAGCUCAAGUGAAAGCUUCGCUUACCUCCAAAAAACUAUUAACGAUCCAACAAAUGCCAUAGUUCAGCAUCAAAUUCAAGGAAAUACGGCAAAAAUGUUAGUGAUGUUAACCACGGGCGAACAGAGACUAAUUACGUUCGACAUACCGAACGAGGACUGCACGGUACACGACCUAUUGGAUCAGGUGAAUAUUUCAUUCCCUGGUGAAACACAAGUCUCUUUGGUGGAUGAUCCCGCAUUGGGGAUAAACUACAUAGUGGAGGCUGGUGUGAUGCAUACGUCAUCCUUGGAUGGUAGUGAUGGUGACUGUAAUUCUACUCAGGAAAUUGUGAGCACUAUUGCGAACGCUGAAAAGUUAUCCCAAAAUAUCAAUACAUCGGAUGAAAAUAGUAACACCUCUCCACAAACUCCUGAGGAACCUAUUUUGGUCAAAGGAAUGCUUGCUCUCUGUCCACACUGCGGCUACAGUUCAUUACACUUCAACCGAUGUGAACGAUGUAAUACAAAAUUAAAAAUUGAGGAAGUCAAGUCUGUACCCAUAGCAGAAAGGAAGGAGACUGGGAUGUCUGUCGAUAUGUUCUAUAAGAAGAACAACAGCGAACGAAAUGUUGUAAAAUUGGAGAAAAUAGAACGAGACGGUCCUACAUGCAAGCGGCCCAGAGGAAAGGGUAAGAGUGCAGCUUCAAAACCAAAGCCUAUUCACAAAGAACCAGAAUGUUUGACAAUAUCGUCUGACGAAGAGGAAGAAGGCAAAACUAAAAAAAUUGGAAGCACUAAUAGCAAUGCAGUAGUAGGUAAUGCAACUGACUCUUUUACUGAAGAUGUGAAUACAAUUUUGGAUAAAGAACCAAUAAUUACGAACGCUAGUCCAUGUGACGAGUUUACGAUGGAUAAUGAAGAAAAUAGUAAAGGAAUAUGUGAAAAUCACAAAUUUUUAGAUAUUGGGCAACUACCACAAACUGCUCUAGAGUGUCGGACGGUCAGAAUAGGUUCUUAUAAAUAUAUUCCUCGGGAAAAAGUAGUGAUUUCCCAUACUGGUGUAAGAUUUAGCGUACCUUUGUUAGAAGAUGAUACAAGUUUUGUUACUUUGGAUGUCAAAUAUAGAGAUAUAAUUAAGCUUUUAAUUCAUUUUGGAAAGACAAUGCCAGUACUAUUCUUUUAUACAUCUAUAAGUACAGGAACUAUGAUACGUGAAUUAUUAGGAAUGCAAGAUCCAAAGGGGCCAUAUUACGACCCUGCUGGAAAAGAUCACACGCAUAAACGUAUUACGUUAUUACCAGAUAAGUUACCGGAUGAUUCAAAGGCAAUACUAACAAGUUUAUUCUCACGGGGAGAUAAAAUAGGCGAAUUGAAUCCUAAGGAAGCAAACGAUAUACUUAUACGAGCAUCACCAAGGGAUUGUCUACAAUCGGUUAUUACUACACGGAAGAUGAGUCAAAACUCAGCAAACACCACCGGUAUCAAUGAUGACAUUCAAACAAUAACUGUAUAUCCGCCACCUCCUGCAAAAGGAGGAAUAGCCAUUAACACUGAAGAUUAUAUGUGUCUCGCAGAAGAUCAGUUUUUGAACGAUGUGAUUAUAGACUUUUAUUUGAAGUAUUUGACGUUAGAGGUAUUAUCAGAAUCUGAUCAACAUAGAACUCACGUGUUCAGUUCGUAUUUUUACAAACGUUUAACUAGCCCACAUGCUCAAGCUGCUGAAAGCGCCGUGCCAAUGACACCAGCCGCCAAGCGGCAUGCGAGAGUACAGAAGUGGACGAAGAAUGUCAAUAUAUUUGAGAAAGAUUUUAUUAUAAUUCCUAUAAACGAACACGCACAUUGGUUCUUGGCUAUUAUUUGCUUUCCUGGAUUAGUCGGAAAAGUCUCCACCUGUGCUACGAAACCCAACGACGCUCAUAAGACUGUGCAAAAGAGCAAAAAAAUAAAAGAGUUAAAAACAAAAACUGUCACAAUUGGGUCUACAACAAUCACUCCUGUAACAACGACCAUAACGAUAGACCAACUAGAUGAUGGAUCUGAGAGAGACGAAGCAGAAGGCGACGAUGAUGAGAUGGAAGUCGACAGCGACGAAGACGACGAGACUGAGCAACCGGAAGAAAAUAAAACCCAGAUCAACAUUAAAGUUGAAGUUAAGGAAGAACCAACGGAAAUUGUCAAGCUUCCCUGCAUAUUGAUAUUCGAUUCACUUGCUGGCGCUAGUAGAGCACGGGUAGUUGCUACGUUAAGAGAUUAUUUAAGUUGUGAACAUGUUGCCAAACUUGGUGUAGAAAAGACAUUCUCGAAAGAUACUAUUAAGGGAGCAUGUCCGAAAGUACCCCAGCAAUCAAAUUUUACUGAUUGCGGAUUGUAUGUAUUGCAGUAUGUGGAACAUUUUUUCAAGGAUCCUAUUAAAGAUUAUACUUUGCCAAUUAAAACCUUGAAAACCUGGUUCGAGGAAAUUGUCGUAACGAGAAAAAGAGAGGAGUUAUCGAAUUUGCUAAUUAAAUUGAUGAAUAACACCAAAGGGGAUAAAACUAUUAACUUGCCUACUGUAAUUUUCCCCACGCAAGAUGGCAAGCUGAAACCGAAGGUCGAAAAUCAGACAGACGCAAAGACUGCGAAGUCGGAACCUGAAAGUAAAAGAAAGUCUACAAGUGAAGCAGAAACACGAAUUGUCUCGUUUGUGACAGAAAAUACUGAGUCACCUAACGAAUUUGUUGGUAAAACUUAUCAGAUCAUUCCUUAUUCUCUGACUUCUAAUUCGAGUAAUGAGAGUAAUCCAACGGAAGUGUUGACGGAACAGAAAAAUACAAGGAUAAUGCCUGGAUCAAUAGACUUGAUAGUGUCUACAGCGUACAUCGGAGUCACGAUUUGGAUAGCGUAUUGGCUGAGGCUCUAUACGCUAUUUUAUCUUGAUUCUUAUCCUCUCACGAGAACUUUGGUCCUCGAAUUCAUAGCUACGGCAGAACUUUGCGGGGCAUGUUUUGAGCUCAUUAUAAUUGCGGACAAUUGGGGAGUGUGGAUGUAUGCGCUUUAUUUGUUUCUAUUAACAAUCUGGUGGUCGAUAAACUGGGAUGAAGCUUCGGCGUGCCCUUAUACACACAUGGAGGAUGUAGUAAUACAUAAGAAACCCCUGACCGUCGCGUUUCUGUUGAUAUGCGCGGAAUUGGCUGGCGGUCUCAUUAUAUUCAAGUACAUCCAAAUAUUGUGGGCGUUCCAAUUCGCUUCUACGCACAAGAACAGGGCAUACGGCGAUUGCACUACAGAUCUGCAGGUGUCCGCUAUAACUGGAGCGCUUGUGGAAUGCGUUGCAACAUGCAUGUGUAGGGUGGUAUCCCGCGUGCUAGGUGACUUGAACCCGAGGUUCAGCACGAUCAUCGAUGCCUUCGUGGGGACUUUUUUGGUGGUUGCAGCUUUCAAUUACACCGGUGGUUACUUCAAUCCCGCACUGGCGACUUCUUUAAAAUACGGCUGUCUGGGAACCUCAUCUCUGGAGCACGUGAUAGUUUACUGGAUUGGAGCGUGUAUCGGGUCUAUCGCUUCCUUACGUGUGUACCGUAUGCCGUUUGUACAAAAUUUCGUUCAACUACAGGAAAGUACAGAUGCUGUGUAUUCUUAGAUAAAAUUCAGUAGAAUUUCAAGAGAAUUUAAAUGUUUGUGAUUUUAAUCGUCAAUAUUUAACUACUUCUUAAUACGUACAAAAAAAGUCUAACAACGUACAAAAUUUCGUGCCAAACGAUAGUUUUAUACAUUCCGAUUGUCGUAUAAAUAAUUAUAGAGCUGUGUGCAGUUCUAAUUACACUUCGGAGAUAAAAUAUGGUCUAAAAUUGUUGAGCUAUGUUAAUAAAUAUUUUAAAAAUAUAAUAAUCGAUAUUAAAAAUUA